AUGGAUUCCACCGCGCCCAACGGCGGCGUCUCUCCUCGGACAUUUGCGAUACAGCAUCAGCGCCCCAGAGCGAGUUUCCAGGGAUGCUCGCGAAUCACCGACUACGAGCUCCUCGGCAAGUUGGGUGAGGGUACUUUCGGUGAAGUCCAUCGUGCAAGAUCUCGCAAGACGAACGCCCACGUUGCCCUCAAGAAAAUCAUCAUGCAUCACGAGAAGGAUGGCUUUCCCAUCACUGCAUUGCGCGAAAUCAAACUUUUGAAGCUGCUCUCCCACAAAAACAUCCUGCAGCUCGUUGACAUGGCUGUGGAGCACCCCCAGAGAGCCAGUAAGUCGCUCAUGCUCAACUACCCAUCUCGCCAGCAGCAAUUCCUGACCCGGAUUGUCACAGGCGACAAGCGCAAACGGCCAAUCAUGUAUAUGGCGACCCCGUACAUGGAUCACGAUCUGUCCGGUCUCCUUGACAACCCCUCCGUUCACUUCACCGAGCCUCAGAUCAAAUGCUACAUGCUGCAGCUUCUCGAAGGGCUGCGGUACUUGCACGAAAACCAUAUUUUGCACCGAGAUAUGAAGGCCGCCAACCUUUUGAUCAACAAUAAGGGCAUCCUUCAGAUUGCCGACUUUGGUCUGGCAAGGCACUACGAAGGGCCUACACCGAAGCCGGGUCACGGCGCAGGUGAGGGAAAGAGAGAAUACACUGGCCUGGUCGUCACUAGAUGGUAUCGACCCCCCGAAUUGUUACUUCACCUGAAGAGGUACACGACCGCUAUUGACGUCUGGGGUGUUGGCUGCGUCUUUGGCGAAAUGCUUGUUGGAAAGCCGAUUUUGGCCGGCGAGAGCGACACUCACCAACUCGAUAUCAUUUGGGAUCUCAUGGGAUCACCGACGCCGGAAAACAUGCCCCUGUUCAAUACGCUCCCGGGUGCCGAGGCUGUUGCACCGCGUCCGCGACCCGGCAGCUUGUCUAACAGAUUCAGGGAGUAUGGGACGGGUGCCAUUUCUUUGCUGAAGGAGCUCCUCAAACUCGACUGGAGAAGUCGUAUCAACGCCGGCGACGCCCUCAAUCACCCGUACUUCAAGAUGGCCCCCAUGCCGGCCGACCCAGGCGAUCUUCCCACGUUUGAGGAUAGUCAUGAGCUGGAUAGGCGGAAGUUCCACGACCGCCAGGCGAAGCUCCCGCCUGCGCCAAAGGGGGGCACGGUAGGCAUGGGCCCCGAAGCACACGGCGCUCAGGCCGGGUUCAACAACGCCGACGCCUACAACAACCGCAACGGUGUAAACGGCAACCGUAACUCCAACGUACCAGGGGCCCACCGAAACGGGGACGAGCGUAGACCAGCUUGGCAGCGAGACAGAGGCUUGCCACCAAGACCGCCCCCGCCUGAGUACGUCAACGGCGGGCCCAUGGAACGCGAUGCUUUCCGGGACAGAGAUCGGGACAGGCGACCUAGGAGUCGAGGAGGAAGGGCACCCGACGUGGAUACCUACAUACCGAGUUACAGGGAUGAUGCCCCACGCCACCGGGAUGACCGACCUCCGCGCGACCGUCGUCGCAAUAGUAGAGAUGAACGAUGGCACGACCGAGACUGGGACCGCCGGACGAGAAGUCGUAGCCGCUCACCGAUAAGGGAGCGCGAGCGGGACAUAUACCGCAGAUGA